GAAAAAGCACAAUCUAUACUUAACAACUGGAAAGUAUGCUUACAAGAAACAUUAAGAAUAAAGACUGAAAAAAAAAAGGGAGAAGAGGAAUGGACCAAAAAUGUAAAGGGGUAUAAUAAGAUGCAAGACCUGAUUAAUGAUUGUAAUAUUCUAAUGGCAGAGCAACAUAACAAAGUUAUAAAAACAGCAAUUGUGCAAGAUCAAAUUGUAUGUGCCACUCUUACCAGACAACUAGAGAAUUUUGAUGAUGAGCAUCCAAAAAAACACUCAGUAUUUUACUUCUAUAAUUCAUUAAUAUUAAAAAAAAAAAAAGAAGUUGCUGAUUCAGUUGGAAUUGAAGUGGGUCCAAGCAUUGCACCUAUUGAGUUCAGGUCAGAGAAUAUGACAUCUGUAUUAGCAUAUCCCACCAAGGAUAGUCCAACAGACAUUUGGCUAUUGCCUUCAGGAAAGUCUUUCACUGAAGUGACUUGUGCCCAUCAUAUAUGGGAAUCAUAUGACUUGGAUCAAGGAUUCAACAGCCAAAGUGGAUUGAAAAUGAAGAUUGGAUAUAUCUACAAAAAAGCAUCAAAUACCCAAAUAUCCUCUAGGUUUGGACAUGGAAAAGCUUUUCAACAACCUGUUAGAAACUAUGGAGUUUUUCAAACUGUUAAUGAUAACCCACUUGAAAUUGGAAUGAUAGAAUUAUCUGGCAGAUAUAACACACAUGAUUUUCCUCAAUAUUUGAAAGAUCAUGUUCAUGGAUGCUGGAUCAGCAAGAACAUGAAGUACUUGCAUACAUGGUUUUUUCAUACACAUGGAAAAGAUGUUCAAAUUUGGGGAAUGGACUUACCUGUCAAGAAAAUUUACUGCAUGUUUCUCCUUGCUUCAGCAUUGAAAAGAUAUAUUCGCCAUAUUAAACAUUCCCCUCAAAAACCCACUGGCAAAAAAGCAUGUAGUAUCAAUCCAAUGGAGUAUGAGAAACAUGUGGAUUCACCUUCGCCAAGUUAG